AUGACCAUACUGUUUAGCUACAGGGACAACGAAAUUGUUUCGUCGCCUGCUGUGAUUGUGAGCGGAUCGACCUCCUCAGGGAUUCAGCACGGAAUUGUUUGCUUCACCAACAAUGAGAACAAAGUAUUCCCCCCACAAUACUUUGAGGUUAACAACGGACAAUUUAAGGCUUUCGUGCAUGUGUCCCCAGGAGAAAGUAACCAAUUUCAUGUUGAGGUAAUGGACAAUGGGUUUCUUUCGAGUUUUGGCUUUCCUGAGUAUAGGAACGGUAGACCAAACGUGGUUGACAAGGGUCGAUUGGCUCUUGCUUUUAACCCAUUACCCCAAAACAAGCCAGUGCAUUUGUGUCUAAUUCGUGGUAGGGACUCACCAAAUACGUACGAUAUGCCACACUAUCGAUUGUCACGAGGGGAACAACCUAAUUUGGAAAAUGCAAUUAAAAAAUUGAAAGUUGCAGGCCGAAUGAUGCAAGCCUAUACUCAAGAUGAAAUGAGAGCCGUUGGUUUCAGCAAUAGAUCUUUCCAAUUUGUUGAAGAGACUACGCUGGACCAGACUAUAUUCGGGUACAAAGUUCAAUCACCAACGCCUCACCAGGAGAUUAAGGUUCAUGUUUUAACCAGUCCAAAGAGUGUAGCCGAGUUGAGAAGUCCGGACUUGGCCCAACAAAAUCCUAAUGCAAAAGAUUCUGGUGGUCUAUUCAGCCAUGCAAUUGAGUUGAUCAAAAACUCGGACAUAUAUGAUCCUAAAAGUGGCACUGCCGUCCAGUGUGCCGUCAUGUAUCUCGACUCUACCUACGACAAAAAGAAUAAUUUGAUCUUGACACAUGCGGCACUUGGAGGGGGGACUAAUGAAGUUAAGUUGGCUAUAUUUGGAUCGCAUGGGCUACACUCGUACCCGCAAAACUUCCCCUUGCUAACACCUUCCUUCUUGGAUAGCACAAGACUAAGCACUAAUGAGGUAGCCAAUGAUUGUAAUGAGUGUGGCACCAGUUGGGAGUGUUUGAAUAUUUGCCUUGGAGCUUUUAUGCACGAAAUCGGCCAUCUUUUGGGCUGUCCACAUCAAAUUGAUGGAGUUAUGUUGAGAGAUUACGUGUGGUGGAAUCGAUCAUUCCUCACCAGAGAACUUGAGUGUUUGCGAACACAUUCUUCAGGUGAGCUUAUUCAACGCAAUGGCCAAUGGUCCAGGGUAUGUCAUUGGAAUGUACUAGACUUGAUAAGGUUCUUGUACCACGACCUGUUUGCAUUGCCUGUUGAUAGGUUUGAAAAAGUAUACACCACAACUAGGAAACCCGACUCUCUGUAUCCAAAUCUGGCAGUUCCGCUGCUGUAUGCACUGCCUGGAAAUGGGUCGGUUAUGAUGUCGGAUGCAGGUAUCUUUAUGGUGGAGAUUGUCGAUGGAGAUUUGACCCGAUAUCAUGAACCAUACUUGCCACAGGGGUAUGGCGGUAAUGGUGUAGUACAUCAGUGUGUCAUCAAUUAUGCUGAAUAUCUUGCCAAAUUGCGGUCAGCCAAGAGGGAUGCAGGGGAAGGCUACAAGGUUAGAGUCAUGUCUUUGGCUGGUGACCUAUUCAUUGAUGACUUCAAAAAACAUUGCUCUCCACUGCAGCAGGACUUGGUGAAGAGUGAUUUUGGACUUGGACGUGGCGAAUUGACAGGGUACAAGAGUGAGCUUUUGGGAUCUGCCAAGGGUGAGAUGCGAGUAGCUACAUUUAAUUUGAAGACGGUUUAUAAAGUUCGAGUAUACUCAGGCCGUGCAUUGGAUGGUGUAAGAUUUUAUUUCAGAACCAGUACAGGAACUCAGGGAGGCGCGCCAAAAGUGCCACCUAGGAAUUACCUAAAGAAGCUAAUUGGACAUCAUGAAUUGCAUCAUGAAACACACAGCCAAGUCAACGGCGUGGCAAAGGAAGUCUCCUCACUAGUAGGAAAGGAAACAGGGUCAUAUUCAGAUUUUGAAUUGCAACAUGGUGAAGAAAUAGUCAGGUUUAAUAUCAGAAACGGUGCAUGGGUUGACGGCAUACAAGUUGUGACCAACAGUAAUAGAAGUUCACCUAUGUUGGGAAAUGCACAAGGAGGUCACUUGUCAUCUUUAGUCAAACCGACAGAGGAUGCUCAGAUAGUGGGUAUGUACUUUUAUUUGGGAGGUUGGCUAGAUGGACUAGGGUUGAUCUACACAUAUAGAUAG